CCAUUUCAUAAACACCAAACGCCGAACAUCAUUCAAGUUAAUUCAGACGCCUCUUUCGGCCUCCGAUUUAUCACACAAACAGCUUUCCGGCAGCUGAGCUCUGUGGGAGCUCACAAUUUGACUGUUAAUGGCCAAUAUCAUUCCAACACUUCUUUUACUCCUAACUUUAUCAGGAUUAUUCGUUGGCACAUAUGCCCUUGGAGUUGGUAUAAAUUAUGGACAAAUAGCGAACAAUCUCCCACCGGCAUCACACGUCUCAGUCCUCCUAAAAUCUUUAAACAUCAGUCGAGUUAAACUCUACGAUGCCGAUCCUAAAGUGUUAAGUUCUUUCGCGAAUUCCAAUGUCGAAUUCAUCAUAGGAUUAGGAAACGAGUAUCUUCCAAGAAUGCAAGAUCCUCAAGAAGCUCAAAUGUGGAUUCAGCAAAACGUACAACCUUAUCUUUCCCAAACCAGGAUCACUUGUAUUACCGUAGGUAAUGAGAUCUUAGGAGGACAAGAUAUUCAAUUAGCACCAUAUCUCUAUCCAGCCAUGCAAAGCAUGUACAAUGCGUUGGUUAAUCUUGGAUUACACCAACAAGUUUACGUGACCACAGCUCAUUCCCUUCAAAUCCUAGCAACAUCUUUCCCACCUUCCCAAGGGGCAUUUCGGGAAGAUUUGAUCCAAUAUAUACAACCAAUUCUUACCUUCCAUGCUCAAACCAAUUCACCUUUCUUGAUCAAUGUGUACCCUUACUUUGCAUACAAGAACGACCCCAACAAUGUACCUUUAGAAUACGUUCUUUUUGAACCGAAUCCCGGGGCAAUUGAUCCAAACACAAACUUGAAGUAUGAUAAUAUGUUGUAUGCUCAAAUUGAUGCGGUUUAUUCGGCUAUAAAGGCAUUGAAUCAUGUCAAUAUACAAGUCCAAAUCUCUGAGACUGGGUGGCCUUCGAAGGGAGAUGAGAAUGAAUUUGGAGCUACUGUUGAAAACGCGGGGAUUUACCAUAAAAACUUGAUUCAAAGAAUGCAACAACGACAAGGAACACCGGCGAACCCUACACAACCUAUUGACAUUUACGUUUUUGCCCUUUUUAAUGAGAACAUGAAGCCUGGCCCUACAUCAGAGAGAAACUAUGGAUUGUAUUAUCCUAAUGGCACUCCGGUAUAUAACCUUGGUGUACAAGGUUACCUUCCUCGUAUGCAUUUUUCGGCUUCUAUGAAAAAUGGAUUGUCUAUCUUCAACCUUCUCUUAUUGCUCAUUGGAUACUUAAUCUUUGGCUAAAGAUAGAGAACUUGACUAACAUUUAGUUUAAAGAAUGCAUGGGGAGCGCAAUAUUAGAGAUAGAGUCGAUAACUGGAUAAGCCUUCACUUUAGUGACAUCCGCCUUUUAAGACUACUUGACCCCUCAUUGUAGGCUGUAGCCGUGGUGAUAACUUAUCAAGAAAUUAAAGCCGCAUUUCUUUGUUAAUUUAUAUACAUAGGAGAUUCUUCAAAAGAUAGUACUAGCUUAGAAAGUUAUAAUGAUUUUGAUCAUAAAUUUGGUAGAUUUUAUUGUAUAUAUUGAUGAAGUUAAUUGAGAUCA